AUGACUUCGACAAAUAAAGCAAUUGAAUUACAACUACAAGUGAAACAAAAUGCAGAAGAAUUACAAGACUUUAUGAGAGAUUUAGAAAACUGGGAAAAGGAUAUUAAGCAGAAGGAUAUGGAACUAAGAAGACAGAAUGGUGUUCCUGAAGAGAAUUUACCUCCUAUUCGAAAUGGGAAUUUUAGGAAAAAGAAGAAAGGCAAACCUAAAGAGUCUUCUAAAAAAACCAAAGAUGAAAACACAAAAAACAGGAUAAAAUCUUACGAUUAUGAAGCAUGGGCAAAACUUGAUGUGGACAGCAUCCUUGAUGAACUUGAUAAAGAAGAGAGUACCCAUGAUUCUGUGUCUCAAGAAUCAGAGUCAGAAGAAGAUGGGAUUCAUGUAGAUUCACAAAAGGCUCUUACUCUAAAAGAAAAGGGCAAUAAAUACUUCAAACAAGGAAAAUAUGAUGAAGCGAUUGAAUGCUACACCAAAGGCAUGGAUGCUGAUCCGUAUAAUCCUGUGUUGCCAACAAACAGAGCGUCAGCGUACUUUAGGUUGAAAAAAUUUGCUGUUGCUGAGUCUGAUUGUAAUUUAGCAAUUGCCUUGAAUAGAAGUUACACCAAGGCUUAUACAAGGCGAGGUGCUGCUCGAUUUGCUUUGCAAAAGUUAGAGGAUGCCAAAAAAGAUUAUGAAAAAGUAUUAGAACUAGAACCAAAUAACUUUGAAGCAACGAAUGAACUCAGGAAAAUUAAUCAGGCUUUAGCAUCCAAAGAAAAUUCAUGCCCAAAGGGAGCUGAUACGAUGAUUAAGACAACUGAAGAAGAGAAAAAGCAAAUUGAACAGCAACAGAAUAAGCAGCAGGCCAUUUCACAGAAAGAUCUGGGGAAUGGAUAUUUCAAAGAGGGGAAAUACGAAAGGGCAAUUGAAUGCUACACUCGGGGGAUAGCAGCAGAUGGCACUAAUGCCCUUCUUCCGGCUAACAGAGCAAUGGCCUAUCUGAAGAUUCAGAAAUAUGAAGAAGCUGAAAAAGACUGCACACAAGCUAUUUUAUUAGAUGGCUCAUACUCGAAAGCUUUUGCCAGGAGAGGAACGGCAAGAACAUUUUUGGGAAAGUUAAAUGAUGCCAAACAAGAUUUUGAAACUGUUUUACUUCUGGAACCUGGGAAUAAGCAAGCAGUAACUGAACUUUCCAAAAUUAAAAAGAAACCACUCAAGAAGGUUAUUAUUGAAGAAACUGGUAAUUUGAUACAGACUAUUGAUGUGCCAGAUACUGCUGCUAAUAACAUUACUCUGGCAAAUGGGAUAGCAAGUGCAGGCGCUACAAGUAAGAAAAAUUCAAGCCAAGAUGACCUUUUGCCCACAAGUGAUAUUCCAAAAGCAAAAGUACUGAAAAUAGAAGAAAUCAGUGAUACUUCAGCCCGGCCACCCCAAGUCAACCUGAAACAGGAUAUGUGUCAGUCUUUGAGUGAGAAGACUUCUAUACAGAUAGACAGAGCACCUGCUCAGUUUAUCACUACUGUUCUUCCUCCUGUUCCUGCAAACUCGUUUCAGCUUGAAUCUGAUUUCAGACAACUUAAAAAUUCCCCAGAUCUGUUGUAUCGGUAUGUGAAGAAAAUUGAACCAUCCAUGUAUCCUAAGUUGUUUCAGAAGAAUCUAGAUCCAGAUGUAUUCAACCAAAUCAUUAAAAUUCUGCAUGACUUUUACAUUGAGAAAGAAGAGCCAUCACUCAUCUUUGAAAUCUUACAGAGACUUUCUGAACUAAAAAGGUUUGAUAUGGCAGUGAUGUUUAUGUCAGAACCUGAGAAAAAAAUUGCACAUGUGUUGUUCAAUCACAUAGACAAAUCAGGAUUGAAGGAUAAGUCUGUUGAAGAACUUAAGAAAAGAUAUGGGCCUUGGACCAAUCACUUUGCUUUGCUUUGGUUUCCUGAGCUGUGGAAUGGACAUACUAGUAGUUUCUACCUCAUUGGGUGA